AUGCCAACCUCGCGGUUGAAGCCACGCUUCCCCCGGGUGAAGCCUUCGGACUACCUCGACCAUCCCGACUGCCCUGACCAAUAUGCCGAUAUGCCCCUGGUCCACGUGCACGCGGGACGCAGGUUCGUCGACAAGGGUGGGCGCAAGAGGCCGAGGAGGGCCGAUGCACAGUCGAGCCACACCGCAUCUGCGACGUCCGGCGUCAACACCAACACACAUCAACGCGUCCCCGUCGCCUCGAGCUCCGUCUCUACCUCCGUCUUCGUCAACGACCUCGACUUCGCCCAAGGUGUCUUCGACGAUGGGCAGUCAACAGGGCCAUCGGAGCAUCAGGACUACGAGUAUGAGAACCAAGGUGAUAUGGAUUCCUCCGGCCACUUCAGAUACUCACCCGACCCUUUGGACCCCAACCCCGACUUACAACGUCCGACGCCCCAAGGAUUCGCACAGGCAGUUCUCCCCCCACCACGCGCAUCGGAUCCACCUCUUUCCCCCAAGCGAGACCGCUAUCUCAAGUUCAUCACGACCGAGAACAAAUUACGCGAAAGUCAACGCGCUUCUAUCCUAGUGCAGUAUCUGGCCUUCCGCACCCGCACCCAUGGCCGCCUUCGGCCGCUCGUCUCGAAAAUGACGAAGACGACUCGGACGCUCCUUCACCAUGCGACUGCCAACAUGGACAUGUCAUUACUCGCGAGGUGGUCCUAUACGACGUGACUGCAUGUAUGUAUGAUAUUAACCGCAUUUGUCGCUUGCUUGAUGCCCUUUGACGCGCCAUUGAGCCGGGUAUCUCGUUCUGACACGUGACUGCCUCUGCUCCACAUUCCCAGUCUACCCGCUGGCCCUUACCUUCUGCGCCUCCGACCCACCGUGUGUUUCCGACGUCGAACGUUUGGCCCAACUCGGGUGCAUAGCAUCGACCGCUGCUAGACCCGAAUCCGCCUUCUCGUUUAGACUAAUUGAGUUGGCCGAAGCGUGUUGGAAAGUUAGUCCACGCGCCGUCUCCGGCUGCGCCGAUGGCCUCGAACCUUCAUGCGGUGUGGGUGGGGAACCAAGCAUAAUCAUCGGCACCCACAUGUGAGUAUCGGUUCUGGUUAAUAGUGAUGGGGUGAGUGUUCGCUCAUGGGUUGCUUUUCCGUUGUCGUUAAGACAAAGAAAUGCGGAAGCAAUUGCAGCGGGCGAUGGACGAAUUUCGCGCCGUCCAAACACUCGAGAGCGACCCCGGAGCCGAGAGUUGCUCUCGAACGGAGUUGAUCGGCCACGCACAUGGCAAUCAUGCACGGCGGGCUCUAGCUAGGGCCCGUCUACUUCAUCGUAGGUUCUAA